GUGUUGCUAUGACACUCGUGCUUGAUGUCCCCAAACCAACUCUCGUUCGAGAUUUGCUACUGACCUCCACAUUCACCGGCUCGCUUACACACUGAACUUCAACAUGCGUUCGCUCUUUGCGGCUCCUAUGCGUGUGGCUGCUAUUUCUCCUCGAGCAUUCGUCGCUCCACUGUCUCCCUUUACUAGAACUCUAUACCAAAAAACUAUCGCCCCACCAAAACACUACACAAAGGCUGAGGUUGAUGAGAAGGUCCUGGAUAUGCUCUUUGACUACGCAAAGGUUGCGCAAGAAAAGGUGAACCUCGAGGCGAAUCUCGUCCGGGACCUGUCUAUUGACCGACUCGACCGGUUUGGUCUUUACUGGGAUUUGCAGACGGAGUUUGACUUCUUCCAACUUCCUGCAAGGACACGAACUAGGGAUCUUCAAUCGGGCCGGGAGGCAGCAGAUUGGGUGGCAUCAAUUUUGGAGGAAGAGCAACGUCUGAGGGUAUAGAUGACAUAUUGCGACCGACAUACAAAGCAUACAGCGUCCCCACACAAAUCUAGCGACUGGAUGGUAAUAAAAAUCCUCUUCACACUGUUCUCGCAACGCUUGUUGGAGAGUUCUGGGAAACCGUCAUUUUGCUACGUAUGCUAUUCUAUGUACAGGAUCCUAGUUAUGGUGAUCGUUUUAUCCGCUUGCCUCUCGAUGUUUCUUCCAUUAUAUCAAGAUUCUCGUCAUUCUCGACAAAGG